ACUCUGCUACGGAUAAAUACAUCUCCCCCCCUCCCCCCUUUACGUAAUGGAUUGAAACAUAGUCUGCCAAAAAGCACAGAGAUCUAAAUAUAUAUAGCAGCGUGUGGUCAGAUGGAAAGAAGCACAAUAUUUCAGCAGAAAGGACAAUGAUGAUGAGGAAUGUAGAGUACUAGUCAGCGAAAAUAUGAGGUCUUCUACAUCAAUGAUGAACCGGCAGAGAGCUGAAGUAGAUGCAGAAAUGGAAGAAAAUGCAGUCACUAUUACAAUGCGCUUGCACAUAGAGAGUGAGAAUCAGCCAUAACAAUUACUGCAUAGUUGUUCUUACUGGCUGAAGAGGACCACAGAGAAUGCUUGCUUCUCCUAUUAAUCAGGUCCUUCGUCAAGAAAACCCCACUCUUGAUUCUAUGCUCAAUACGCUUCUGGAAACAGGUGAAGUUGAUACUCAAAGUCGAGAUCUUUAUGCAAGGGAAGAUGAAACUCAAAGUCGAGGUCUUUCUCAAGAAAGAUUUCUUUGCUCCCAAUUUCAAUGUGAUUUCAUGUUAGGAAAGGAGUCUGGAGAUGAGAGAUGUGUGAUUUGCCAGAUGGAAUAUAAAAGAGGUGAACAACAGAUGACACUUCCAUGCAAACAUGUCUACCAUGCUACUUGUGGAACCAAAUGGCUCAACAUCAAUAAGGCGUGUCCCCUAUGUCAGACUAAGGUGUUCUUUGAUGUGUCAAAAGACAAGGCAUGAUCACUGGGAAGUACAGAGGGGGCUUGAAGAAGUACCGAGCAUUUUUCCAAACCACCUUUUAUGUCAAUCUUCUGCAGAUCCUAAUUUUCCAAACAAAUUAGAAAAACAUUCUUCCGCUUCUUCUAGCAGCACAGCUUAUAUAACAAGAGAAUUUUUGGGGUUGUAAAUGAUAUACCAGAUGAUUAUAGCUAGUUUGAAUGAUUCCUCCUAUGCUGAUGCCCAUUUUUUGUCCUAGCUAGCCUUAUGAUCAUAUAUUCAACUUUGUCGACUGGUUUAGUGCAUAGCUCAGAGUAAUUAAGGGAUUCUUUACAACAAGGAAAGCAAAUUAACGACAUCAGUUGAACAAAACUAUCAUUGGCGUUUUUGAAAUUGAUGAUUUCAUCAGAGUUCAAGCCAAUGCUUUAGAAAAGUGUAGGCAUAUUUGUACAUACUGAGCAAGCAAUAGGGGUAUCAAUACAACUUAUAUUUUUAUUUUUUAUGAAGGCACAAACUCAGUCGAGCCUUUGCAUUCCUAA